GAAGCCAUUGUAAUCCAAAGGCUUGUGUGCUUGCGGCGUUUGUAGCACGUUCAUGUUGGAACAUGCUACGGUAUAUACCGAUCAGCUGUACAGGAAGAACUGCUCGCUGCUCUUCAUUGACUUUGUCACGCUGAAUCGAGUGUACGGCGGAGUCAGAAUUAUCGUAAAGGUAACCCCCGAAACUUCCUCUACUACAUGUCAACAAGUCACGCCGUCGUGGCACGAGAAGUCAAAGGGCCGCAUAUUUUAUGGAGCAUUCGGGCACAUACUCAUUUAGGAUGGCGACAAAAAACACCGACAAAGGAAUCCGACUGUCCUCCAAGAAGCUCAAACGAAUGGAGUCGAAGAAGCGCAAGAUCGAGGCUUUUCUCGAACUCUGCGGCACUUCAGAAACGGAUGAGACGCAGGACGCACCCGCCGCUGUCAAGAAGCCGCGCAGCACAGAUGAAGCGGACCGAGCCCAAGCCGCCGGCGACUCAGCUGAAGCGGCUAAGUCGAUCAACGCUGAACUCUCCGAACUGCGCGCUCGUCACCGAGCUUAUCAGAAAUCUCGGCUCCAAGUCCCCAAGUUUUACAUGACGGACGACGGCUACCGCGCCGGUUGGAGCUGGCCCUCCGGCGAAGAGAAUGUCGCUGACAGCGCCGCCGAGACGGUCGAGCAGCCUAGCGACAUCCUCUACCUGCAAGACAUCCAGAACUUGCUUCUCGUCGCCCUGAUGGGCAACGAAACCCCGUACCUGACGCGCUGGUGCCGCUACCUCCGCAACGCCAAGACGAGCCACAUCGUCGUGGUGAUGGUGAGCGGGCUCUCCGUGGACAUGCUCGCCGAAAACCCGGACUGGUUCCCCAAGUUGAGCAGGCUCUUCCCGGACGGCGGCGUCCGCGUGGUGCCUGCGGCCCAGUACGGAGCCACGACCGAGUGCGAGCUCACGCAGGUUCCGGUCAGCUUCCAAGCGGGCAUCAAGCUCAGAUGCGCCUUCGGAUCUCUCGAAGCAGCCGAGGCCGCGGGUGCGGUGUUCAAGUGCUACGGCGCCUUCGUGCCCAUCGCGAACAAAACAAACGGCGCUGAACAGAACGGGCAUCAAGAUCCGGCAAAGGGGAACGACGAGCAGAACGGGCACCAAGGUGCGGCGAAGGGGAACGACGAGCUUGAGGAGGGACAGCUGGUGGAUGCUAAAGAAAUCACGCUGGGGAAUGCUAAUCCCAACGACGUGGUGCCUCGAACCUUAUUCCUGCUGAGUCCCGUGCAGAUGCUGCACGAGGGAUAUCCGCUGCUGAAAGCGGAGGCCACAAAGGACUACGUGUACACAAACAGGUCCUACCUCCCUGUCAGCAACAGGUCUCGUCUGUUUUCAAUCGACUGCGAGAUGUGCCUCACGACGGCCAAGUGCAAUGAGCUUGCCCGCGUUACACUCAUCGAUGAAGAUGAGAAGGUGCUCCUGGAUGAACUGGUCAAGCCCCGCAACCGCAUUAUCAACUACCUCACCCAGUUCAGCGGCAUCACCAAGAAAAUGCUGGAUCCCGUCACGACUCGAGUGGAGGACGUCCAGAAGGCCAUCAUCCGGCUACUUCCCCCAGAUGCCAUCCUUGUUGGGCAGUCACUCAACUUUGACCUGCACGCACUCCACAUGAUCCACCCGUAUGUCAUCGACAGCAGCGUCAUCUACAACCUCACCGGGAACCGCAACCACAAGUCUAAGCUGAAGUUGCUGUCCAGCACAUUCCUGGGACAAGAGAUCCAGAUGAGCAAAGAGGGUCACUCUUCUGAGGAGGACUCUCUGGCGUGCCUCCGCCUCGUCAAGCUGAGACUGCAGAAGGGACUGUUUUUUGGAGACGCCAUUCUGCGGGACAAAGAGCAAGAGCUGCAGGAGAAAGCUCUGGAGAUGGCGAGGAACGGAGAGGCCAUUGACGUGUCCAUCUGCUGCGACCCUCCCCAGGAGUGGAUUGAGAGCAAACGUGUCUCCGAGCCGAAGGUGGUCGUCAAGGAAGGUAGCAUCAAGAAGAUGAAGCCCCGUACCAGCGAAUGUAGACAUAUGCUCAAGCAGGAGUUCCAGGGCCUUGUCAGCAAUCUGUUCUACUACCUUGGCAGGGACAAGCACAAGAAGACAGCACACGUCGUCGGCACCAAGGAAAUGCUCGAGAACUAUCCCAAGUUUGUCCUUAAUGUGACCCAAAGCAGGAAGGUGAAUGGGAACAAGAAAGCGGUCAAAGAAGCCAAGGCUCUUAUGGAUGACAACCACUUGCUGAUGGUGGGUCUCAAGGCAAAGGCACACAAGGAACUGCUGACUCAGCAGAAAGCAGCAGAAUUGGACAAGCAUCUGGAGAAGAUCUACCGUGGCUGCCAGAGGAAGUCCUUGUUUGUGGUACUCUUGCAAGGGUGCUUUGACAAAGACACUAGAGUGACCGAGCACGGGUUGUGCUUUGUGACAGUCAAGGAGGCCGAGAGGAGAAGUCCGGCGGACAAGAGGGAGUAACAUGCAGUAUACGCUCAACGGGUCAUUAUCACUUUGUUAUGGGCGUGCAAACAGUCACCCCUGUGCCAUUCAUUUUACGACGUUUUCAGCUGAUCUCCUGUUACGCGGUUUCAUCUGUAGCCAUUGCGAGCUUUAAAGCAUGCUGCUUUGUUCCUUCAUUCAACUUGCAUAUUUUAUGCUUGUUUUACUGAAUAAAACAUUUGUGCUAUUCACCCCUGCA